AUGGGACGAGGAAAGAUCGAAGUGAAGAGAAUUGAGAACCAUACAAGCAGGCAAGUGACUUUUUCAAAGAGGCGAACUGGGCUUUUAAAGAAGACACAUGAGCUGUCUGUGCUUUGUGAUGCCCAGAUUGGUCUCAUCGUCUUCUCUAGCAAAGGGAAACUGUUUGAAUACACAACUCACCCUCUCAGCAUGUCCCAAAUCAUAGACAGAUAUUUGAAAACAACUGGUUCUCGUAUUCCUGACUACAAUAACAGGGAACAUCUGCAUAGUGAGUUGACAAGGAUAAAGAAGGAGACAUCGAAUCUUCAGCUAAGUCUUCAACGAUACAAAGGUGAUGACUUGAGCUCCGCACAGCUUGAUGAGCUCAAUCAACUCGAACAGCAGUUGGAAUACUCCAUCCAGAAGGUCCGAGCUAGAAAGUUCCAACUCUGGCAACAACAGGUGGACAAUCUUCAAAGGAAGGAAAAAUUGCUGGAGAGGGAAAAUGAAGAAAUGCAUAACUGGUUGAUGAGUAAACGACAAGUGGAGAUAAACCAACAAGAAGCAGCAGCAAUGACUGAGCUCAAGCUUGUUGGACAAGAACAUCAAUUAUUCGAACAGUUUCCAUUUUAUGGAUCAGAAGAGCAGCCCAACAGUGUUCUGCAACUCGCUGCGAAUCUCCCUGACCUUCAACUUCAUUCAUACCAGUAUCAUCGUCUUCAGCCCACUCAUCCCAACCUUCAUCAAGAAUCGACUAGUGCACAAUAUCACAUCUAUGACUGA